AUGGGAAAUGACGUUUCUUUGAAACAAUUUCGGAAGGAAAUCAACGCUGUAAAAGCGGCUGAUGAAUGUGACGAAGUUGUCAAAUACUUUGGUAUCACAUUUUUUGAAAGAGAACCUUACAUGUGUAUGGAACUAAUGGACCUUUCCUUGGAUAAAUUAUACGUUUUGUGCCAUAAAGUCGGCGGACAGUCGUUUCAUGAACCAACUCUUGGAUCUGUUGCUGUAGCGACAAUACGUGCGUUGGAACAUAUGAAAAAUAAACAUGGAAUUAUUCAUAGAGAUAUUAAACCUUCAAACAUCCUAUUGAAUCGAAAAGGAUUGAUAAAACUAUGCGAUUUCGGAAUUUGUGGAUUACUGCAGGAUUCAGUUGCUCACACCCGCGAAGUUGGUUGUCGUCCAUAUAUGGCGCCCGAGCGCAUAAGUCCGUCGAUGAAAGGAUAUGAUGUUAAGUCGGAUGUCUGGAGUCUUGGAAUUUCUAUGCUUGAAGUUGCCAACGGAAUGUAUCCGUAUCCUGGUUUUCUAGAAGCUACUAUAAUGAAGCAAGUUGAAAUGAUCGUAUAUGGUGAUCCUCCAUUGAUUAGCGAAACUGCAAAUCUUUCUCUAGAAAUGAAACGAUUUAUAAUGCUCUGUGUCACCAAAGAUCCAUCAGUUAGAGCGAGCUUCAAUGAUCUAAAGUCAACGGAUGCUUAUAAAAAAUAUAGCGGAACCGAGUACCGCGAAUCUGUAGGAAAUUUUGUUUUAGAAAUGUAUGAACUUCGAAAAGAGUUAGGAGAAGUAAAAGCUUAA